UAAACAGAAACCACGGUAAAAAGAGUUGAGAGGAGCUGAAGCAAGAAAGUGUUUUGAAAAUAAAAUGUCGUCAGAUGAAGAAAGCGUUGAGGACGAAGGAGUCCCCUAUUUAGGAGAAUAUGAAGGUGAUCGAAAUGAAGAAGAAGAAAGACAUGGAAAAGGAAAAGCUAAGCUGCCUAAUGGCGAUAUAUAUGAAGGAGAAUAUUCACAUGGCAAGAGACAUGGUCAGGGAACAUACAAAUUUCAAAACGGAGCAAGAUAUACUGGAAGCUACAUGAACGGUAUAAAACACGGCGAGGGAACAUUCCUGUAUCCUGAUGGCUCCAAAUAUGAAGGGUACUGGCUCAAUGAUGUCCGUCAUGGCCGCGGGAAAUACACCUACCCGAACGGGGACAUUUACGAGGGGGAGUGGGCCGACAACCAGCGUCACGGUCAAGGGGAGUACACGUACGUGGAGACCGGGUCUAAAUACCGGGGGAUGUGGGUCCAUGGGAAAAUGGACGAAGUCGGGGAAUUGAUUCAUGCUAACCAUCGGUAUUCCGGGGGAUUUUUGCAGGAUAAACCCAGCGGAAAAGGUAAAUAUGUGUUUGAUCACGGCUGCGAGAUGCGAGGGAGAUAUGAACUGGUUGAAGUUGUUCUUGAGCCUGACAACGAGGAAGAGGAAGCCAUCACUGUUGUUGAACCAAAGUGGAAAAUAGAGGAACUUGUACCACUGGAUUGAAAAUUUAGCGCAGGUUUUAGUUGAUCGAAGGAAGAAUGCGAGAAAACGUUUUAACAUUUCAUACAGGCAUAUUUUGCUCACAAACGGUAAUCAACCAAAAAUCGAUAGCCCUCCAAGACCCCAAAGACUUUUCAUUCAAUGUAUAUGAUAGUUUCGCAAAAAUAUCGGCCUCUUAGACAUUUAACAGGUUUUUAGGCUUUCUCGUCAUGUAAAUCGAAAGUCUUCCAUACAAGAACGAAUAUAACCCAUUUGAAAGGCAAAAAUCCCUUGAGUGCCGUUAAAUGAUCUCAAAAGAGACAACAAAGGGACUGGCUGAAAAGGGUUUAUCUUCUACUUAUAAUAGAAAAUAGAGUUCCAAUAACCGCUUUUUUUGUGGACUCCAUGUACAUUGUUUGUCGCAAUAGCGAAAUUGAUAUACGCGUCAGCUUGUCUGCUGGAGCAACAAC